ACCUGCCUCAACACCAUCUUCACAAACUCAAUAUCAUUUACAUCUUUACACUCUAGCCAUGGCUAAUUCCAAUUUUCAACACUUCAUUACAAUCCUUCUCCUAUUUUUCUUCAUUUCACCCACUUUCUCUCAACAAUCUUUCAGGCCAAAAGCCCUUGUUCUCCCAAUCACAAAAGAUGGGGCCACAACAAACCAAUACAAAGCUCAAAUCAACCAGAGAACCCCAUUAGUCCCACUGAACGUCAUCGUCGAUCUCGGUGGCCAGUUUCUUUGGGUUGACUGCGAAAACAAAUACAUUUCUUCCACAUACCGCCCUGCACGCUGCCGUUCAGCCCAAUGCUCCCUUGCAAAUUCCGACGGCUGUGGUGAUUGUUUCUCAUCACCAAAACCUGGCUGCAACAACAACACUUGUGGUGUCACCCCGGACAAUAGCAUUACCCACACCGCCACCAGCGGUGAACUUGCUGAAGAUGUUUUAUCAAUCCAAUCCUCUAAUGGCUUCAACCCAGGACAAAAUGUCGUGGUUUCACGCUUCCUAUUCUCAUGUGCACCAACUUUCUUACUAAAAGGACUUGCAACUGGUGCUUCUGGUAUGGCUGGUCUUGGAAGAACCAAAAUAGCUCUUCCAUCUCAACUAGCUUCGGCUUUUAGCUUCGCUAGAAAAUUCGCUAUUUGUCUUUCCUCUUCAAAGGGAGUUGUUUUAUUCGGGGAUGGACCUUACGGUUUUCUUCCCAACGUUGUUUUUGACUCGGAUUCGCUUACAUAUACACCGCUUUUGAUCAAUCCUGUUAGCACAGCUUCUGCUUUCUCACAAGGUCAGCCUUCAGCCGAGUAUUUCAUCGGCGUGAAAACAAUAAAAAUCGAUGAAAAAGUUGUUUCACUUAACACUAGUUUGUUGUCUAUAGACAAUAACGGUGUUGGUGGAACAAAGAUUAGUACGGUUGAUCCUUACACGGUUUUAGAAGCUUCUAUUUACAAAGCAGUUACAGACGCUUUCGUGAAAGCGUCUGCUGCAAGAAACAUAAAGAGGGUGGGUUCGGUUGCGCCUUUUGAAUUUUGUUACACUAAUUUGACUGGGACACGAUUGGGUGCAGCUGUGCCUACUAUUGAGCUCUUUUUGCAAAAUGAAAAUGUGGUUUGGAGGAUAUUUGGUGCAAAUUCAAUGGUGAGUAUAAAUGAUGAAGUUUUGUGUCUUGGAUUUGUGAAUGGUGGUAAGAAUACAAGGACUUCAAUUGUGAUUGGAGGGUAUCAGUUGGAGAAUAAUCUUUUGCAAUUUGAUUUGGCUGCUUCUAAAUUGGGAUUUAGCUCCUUGCUCUUUGGACGACAAACUACUUGUUCUAACUUCAACUUUACCUCCACUGCCUAGAUGCUUUUUUCAAAAUCAGCAUUAUUUUUUAUACACUUUCAAGUUUGAAUAAUUAGUGUCUCCUUUGUUCAUAAUAAAUUGCAUUGAAGUUCAUGUAUGGUUUGCAAGGAGUGUAGUUAUAUUUGAUGUAAACUAAAGAAUGUAUUUUCCCCUUUCUAUACAAAUGGUUGGAUAUAUGUAUCUAAUAUAUUUGUCUUACCCCAAAUUUUGAUCA